AUGCAGAUCUCAUUCGAAUUUAUACUCAUUGCAGAUUUCAAGAAUUUGGACGACUCCAGUGACACGUCAUUUGAAGCUGAAUCUUAUCCUGCCACUGAGCUGGAGUAUCCUAAUGCUAACGCCUGUGAGACCUAUUACAUAUUGGCUCCUAAGGACCCAGAUCACUACAACCCCAUCAUGUGCCUAGAACAAUCAUUAUAUACUAUCUUCGAAUGCUACCUUACUCCCACGCAGCAAGCGCUAUUUGGAACAUUACCCACAGAUUUUCUACAGGAUGUCGAUAAUACGCCGCCGUCCUCACCACUCACACAACUUUCGGGUGAUUCAGAACAGUCAAGUCCUGUAAAACUCGCUUCGUACGACCCCCGUGGAAUGAAUCACUUGCGUCUCCUCCAACGUUCCAUCCGACGGCGUGAUGGACCACUGUUCCUUUCUACCAUGCAAAACAUUAACCAACUCCUCCGUGCGCUGAAAUACCCAUCACUCCCAUCGGACCCGUUUGCACCUGCACCUCCUAAUGUACUUAUAGAGGCCAUUAAAGGUUGGCCAUCAAACGAAAUCCCCAAUCGGGUGCUCAUGCGCAUAAUCGACGAGACGUAUCAACGCUCCGUAGGCCCACAUGCUCUGAAGUUAAACCGCUACGAGGCAUUUUCGAGCGAGGUAUAUGGCGAAUUGAUGCCCUCGUUCACGUCAGAUAUCAUUGCUGCCACGCGUCUCCACAAAGAUUCCUUGUUUAUGGAUUUAGGGUGCGGGGUUGGAAAUGUAUUGGUGCAGGCAAGCCUAGAGACGUGCUGCAGAAGCUACGGAAUUGAGGUGAUGCCUACGCCUGCGGAGGUGGGGAGAGGGCAGCUGAGGCAGAUGAAGAAGCGUUGUAGGAUGUGGGGACUUUCGAUGGGAGAGGUAGAACUAGAGGAAGGAGACAUGCUGACCAGUCAGAGAGUGACUGAGUUGUUACCUCAGGCGGAUGUUGUAUUGGUCAAUAAUAAGGUGUUCCAGCAGUCGUUAAACGAAGCAUUACGUCCACGAUUUCUAGAUUUAAAAGAAGGCGCCAUUGUUGUCUCCUUAAAGCCGUUUGUCUCUUCUCUUAAUGCACGCGUUACUGAACGCAACGUGGAUGAUAUAAGCGCGAUCUUUGAUGUAUUUGAGCGGCCCUACCGCUCCGGCAGCGUUUCAUGGGGCAGCGGAGGUGGCUCAUAUUAUCUACAUCGAGUUGACAGGGAAGGUUAUGCGGUCAUCAAACAACAGUUUGAGAACCAGCGCGCGAGGAGUGCGCGUGCCUCACGGCGCUGA